AUGACGGACUCAGCAAACAACGCCCCAAGCAGAGACGAUCUGAAAAUAUGGCAACAGAAUUUGUGCAAGUCUCCCAAUGCCUGGGAGCACAUGCUAAAGAACUUAGACCCAGAAUCAUAUGACCUCACAUGCAUUCAGGAUCCCUAUUUAAACCCAGUCAACCUGGCUAACACCUCCAACCUCAGGUCCUACUGGGAUGUUAUAUACCCGUCAGGUCACAACUCAGGAACUUCAUGCACGCAAGUCAUCAUGCUGGUCAACAAACACUUAUCAAAUAACAACUGGCACAUCAUCCCAAUCAAGUCUCUCAAUGUCAUGGCAAUCGAACUAACAGGACAAUUUGGUAAGGUGCGUAUAUACAAUACCUACAACCCAUGCGACAGUGACCACACUCUCCAUUUCCUCAAGCGACACAUGUCAUCUGAAGAGCGCUCACAAUGUCUCACUCAAGGCGAAAACAGGGCAGAGCCCCACAACAUAAUCUGGAUGGGUGGGUGA